UGUAGCUGAGCUUAAAUUCCUUCCACAAACACAAAUCAGCAAAAGAUAAAUUUUGCACCAGAGUAAAGUGGAGAAGUCAUCUGGAUUUUGAAUAUCAUUUUGCCUGGUAGCACAAAGGUAGCAAAUCGAAACAUGAAGACUACGAUUCUACUGUUUUGUCUUCUAGGAUCAACUCAGUCAUUACCAAAGCAGAUUAGCCCUGCUUUGGGACUUCCUGCAACAAAAACUGCAGAUCAAGUGACACUACUAACCCAACAGCAAUCAAAUCAGGUCUUUCCUUCCAUAAGUCUAAUACCACUAACACAGCUGCUCACCCUGGGGUCAGACCUACAAUUGCUCAACCCUGCCACUGGACUGGCACAUGGUGCACAGGCACUCCCUUUCACCCUGGGUUCCGUGAACAGACAGCAACAGCUACAACCUCAGAUGCUACCCAUUAUUGUGGCACAACUUGGAGCUCAGGGUACUCUCCUAAGCUCGGAGGAACUGCCAUUAGCCUCACAAAUCUUCACAGGCCUCCUUAUCCACCCCUUGCUCCCUGGAGGCAUUCUACCCUCCAGUCAGACAGGGGCUAAACCAGAUGUGCAAAACGGAGUCCUUCCUACGAGACAGGCAGGAGCAAACCCUGCUGUACAGGGAACUACCCAGGGCUACAUCACAACUCCUGGUGUCACAGAUGAUGACGACUAUGAAAUGAGUACCCCUGCAGGCAUUCGAAGGGGAACACACACCACGGAGGGAACCCCUAUAGACACACCAAAUAGAACUCAGUAAGCUGCUUCAAAUCUCCUUGGCUAAACCACAUCACAAUUGGACGUUACAUGUGAAUCAUCUCCAUUAAUCACAUGACAAAAAGACUGAGACACAUUGAAAGGUCUCAGAAGGUAUCAAUUCUUAGUUAACCAGAGAUUUUUCUUGAAAUUUCAGGGGACAUACUGAAUGAAGAGAAGGCCAAGUUCAAAAACAUUAUUAAAUAGAUCAAUUUGUCUUUGAAAUACUUAGUAUGCUACAUCAAACUUGAAAGAUGUGUAAAUUAAAAUAUAUUUUGAAAACUGA